AUGAGUAUUAGAAAACUGCCGCCCAAAAGGUUAUUUUCUACGCUGAAUGAGAGCAUCAUAGCGAAGAACCCGCACAAAAAUUUAGACAAUGGAACGUUUAGACGAUUUCCGAGAAUCAUCCCAGAAUAUGACGAGAGCAUACACCCCUUUUAUCUGCCUAAUUCGAUAGAGAGAGCGCUGCUCUGUGCCUCGGAAAGUACCCCACAAUUGCUGGAAGGUCGAAAAAUCGUUCCUAGUAUCAUUAAGCGUCCGCGGGAUCAAAAGUCAGCGCUUGUCAACGCCAGAUGGCUGUUCGACAGCGUCGUAGAAGCCAAUGAGUGGUUAAAUGCUUACAGAACUGGGAAGUCUCUGAAUCAAAAGAAUAUUACUGUGCUUCGAUUUCAUGACGCUGACAAAGUCCUCAGACGCAGUCACCUGAAUCAAUCACAAGUUCCCCAAAUCAAACAAUUUGCCUCUCUCUUUAUGAAAAAGGACGCUGAUGCUCUGAACUGCGUCAUGAUCACAAACAUGGUAGAAAGUAUGAUGUUUUGUCAUGAAACAAAAUUGUUUAGUGAAGAGGUAUUCUUGUACAUUUUGCAACAUUAUUGCAAUUCUAGACAUGGCAUAAUUGGUGUGGUUCAAUCUAUAGUCAAUUUUCUGCAAAAAGAUAUCGAUGAUAUGUCCGUUGCAGAAGUUCUCCUUUUGCAAGUGUUGACAACCAUCAAAGAAAAAAAUAUUCCAGCAGAUCCACAAGUUACAUCUGCUCUUUUAAGCCUGACAGAUGCUAUUUCUGAAAGGUUUCAUAGGCAAAACUGCAUUUUUGAUUUUUCACCUGCUGUUGUUCAAGCCAUCUUAGAGUUCUAUCUCGCUUCUGGCCUAUUGAAUGAAAGUAAAAUACUGUUCACUGAUCUGAUUAAUAAACGGCUUUGCCCAGAGCCGGUGCUGGUGGAAAGGUACCUAGCUCUUGUUGACCAGAAAGUAGAUCUCUUUGACUCGCACGACAGUUACCUGAAAAGAUUCGCAUAUAUCUCUGACUUCAAACCUGUCUUCGAAACAGCCAUGACUCCAAGAAUGGUUGAGUUCUUGAUCACAUAUUGCAGACAUUUUGACGAGUUAAUAUCUUUACUCGACAUGAUAGAUCAAUCUAAGCUAAGGAAACAAAUUUGGGAUCAAACUUUGCCGGAUUUUAUUCGGAGAGUCAACCUUUUAGAUACAAGACCUGUCGUCAAUUCAUGCAACCUGUCGGUGCUUUUGCAAAGAGCGAAGGGAUUUUAUGGUCUAAUGCUAUCUAAUAAAGUUAAUCGAGCUUUCAUUGUUCAGUACGCUGCAAAUCAAAAUUUCUCGGUGGUAACAAAUUUAAUAAACGGGCAAGAACAGCAGCUCAAUCCUAAUUUUUAUGCCAGUCUACUUAACGCACAAACUCAAAAAGUUGAUGAGCAAUCGUCUCCACUGCCAGGUUUUCGUCCCGAGGAUAAACGAUAUUUUAUUGAAUCGGUUCUCAUCCCGCACUAUAACAGACUGUCGGUGACGGCGAAAUUCAUCUUUUUGGAGCAAGCAGAAACAGAAGAUCUCUUUGAGGCACUUUUGAGAUCUGAAUCAAACUCCCAAACAAAUGAUGGCAAGUCCAUGAUUUCAGAAAUCUUAGCCAGGGCCAAAGACCGUGGUAUGACCUCUCUCUUAACUAGGUACGCCGCAUGA